CCGCCGUAUCACGACUAUCACAUCUCGCCGCCUAGGUGAGAGUUUUUUGGUGGGAGAAGAAGUGGGACAUUCAGGUGUAAAUACAGUUUAGUGUUUUCUGUUAAAAAGUUUUAUUAAAUUUAAAUUAAAAUUAAUGAAAUUUAUUCCGCGAAGUAUGUGCGAAUCAAAAGCGUAGCGUAAAACCCGACUUUUGUGUAAUAAUAACAUGAUUAAGUAUGACUGCUGCGCAUUUAAAUCUUUAUCAAGUUUGUCGCCUUUGUUUGUGCGAGCUGAAUGGCUCGUCAUUUGUACCGAUAUUUGAUAACAAAGAUAGUAAUUUACCGUAUAAGAUAAAGUCCUGCUUUUCCAUUUCUGUUGAUGAAACAGAUCGUUUACCCAACGUAUUAUGCCCAGCUUGCACAAGAGACGUAGAACGAUUUUAUAAGUUCAAAGAAAAAGUUAUUAAGAAUAAUGCUUUUCUUAAAUCAUACGUUUUUCAACGAGACCGAAAAGCUGCUCAGUUCCUGGGUCGUGGUAAAGAUGAACCGAAUACCACCACCAUCGAACCGUCGACGAUGAAAAAACGCACCACCGUUGGCCCUGCAACGUCGGUGAAACAGAAACGUACGCCGUCCAAAUCUGCGAAAUCCGGCGAUUAUCCGGAAUCGGCGACUGCGACGUCGGCCGCCGAAUGCCUGCCAACGUUGAACAAUUACGACAGCUGCGAAAUAUCGAAUACAUUUUUCGACAAUAGUAACAAAGUCAAAGUGGAAAUCAUUCCGCAAGUGGACAACGAUAUGUAUUCGUCGACCAGCGCCAUAUAUAGCGGCGAUUCCAAACACAACGUCGUCGAAAUGUGGCCAUCGUCGAUGUCCGCUAACGAAGAAGGCUCGUCUAGUAAUUUCCGUAACGGACGAAAUAUCGAAGAAAUCGCCACUACGACUAUAGAAAGCUCGGCUAAAUCACCGGACUAUACCAGCGUCAUACGUCACAGCAGCGACGAUUACGGUAAUAGUAAUUCGUCGUACGAUAAGUAUAUCAGCGUGCACGUCAAAGAAGAAAUCUGCAAAGAGAAUUCCGGCGAAGAGUACGAUUCGGAGGAUACGAAAUCCGCCGCUUCGUUGACCUUUCGCGAAGAAGACGAGGAUAAAUUGAUCAUCGACGAGGAAACUAUGCAAGUCAAGUCUUACGGUCGCGAAGGCGUUAAGACAUCGGAUAGCUGUAUAUUAUUACGCACUUUAAUUUCUACGUCGAACGCGGCUAAUCAAGUUGCUCAAUCGAAUCAACCAGUAAGGAGCGAAGCAAUCAAGAAACCGGCGACGUUUUCUCCUCAGAUAUUAGUGAGCGAUAUGUCAGCCAAUUCGCCGAAUUCGCAAAACUCACCCAGCGGCGGCUCCAACACACCUACCUCAGAGAAAAGCAGCACCAGGCGGAAACAGCGUUGCCCGACGAAAUCGGCCAGCGAAAUAGCGCUAGACGCGGCCGACGACGAAAGCGACGAAGACGCCGCCGAACUAGCGCCGCUCAGCGAACAACAGCCGCAGUCGAUAAUGUACCAACAGGAGAUCGUCAACAUAAGCCCGGUCACGGUGACGUGUACGUCUAACGGACGAGAAGAAAUCGUCGGCUACAGCCAGUCUCAAUUUUUAGACGAGGAUGAAUUACAGGUACUAUCCAGGCAUAGUUCGCCGGCCACAACGCCGCCUAUGGUAAUGCCUUCGCAGGCCGAAAGAUUACACAAAGCGUGCGACGUGCUGCUCAGAGCAGCGAGCAAAAUCCAAGAUCUACCGCCGGGUAUACAACAAGAAGAGGUGGUCGUCGAAGAAGAAGAAAGUAUAACGCUGUAUCCAAAUAGUUCCCAAAUCGAAGGCCAGAGCGAACAAAUCACCAUUCGCCAUAACCCGGUACCAUUGUACGAAAUUAAUUUCUCCUCGGUUAACGCCAUCAGCGAAACGCGAGUUACGAAGAAAAUCAAAUCGCGUGAAAAAAUACAGAAUAUGUCCCAGCAUAAAGAAUGUAAUAAUUGUCACGCCGUUCAGACCACCAUUUGGAGACGAGACAGAUUCGGCAAUAUUGUCUGCAACGCUUGCGGAUUGUACUAUAAAUUGCAUAAUUACGAUCGCCCAUGUAGAAUGCGCCGGGACGAGAUACAUAAACGUAAUCGUAAAAGAAACGCCAACGAAAAUAAAACGAAGAAAACCAAACGUAAUUCGAGCGGUACGUUCGAACUGAACGAAUCGUCUAAAGAGCAAGAGAAUUCUAGCGGUUCGUACACACCACCGAGUAACUAUAACGACAAUACGAACCACAUUACCGUGUCCGAUCUCUACCAUCAUCCUUUCGGCCAGAUCAAAAAACGACGCCGAACCUCAGCGCCCGGAUCGUCGUCCGCUACCACCACCGUCGUAAUAAAAGAAGAACCCGAAACCAGUCAGCAGGAGGGCACGUCCGAUACCGAGCAAACGGUCGAAGAAAUCAGCGUCAACGGAAACGAUAUCGCCGUUGCUUUAAAUAACCAUCUGUACAGCCAGCCGGCGGGCGAAAAGUUGGCCUCUUCGGCCUUCUCUCUCUCUACGCAUUUCGUGCCCAUCAACGGCAAAGUGUACGAAGAUUUUUCCAACGAAAAUUCGAUGAGCGAAGCACCUUUGAAUUUAGCAGCCGGCAGUCAUUAGGGAACGCUUUUUUCGAGAAAAUCGUUUUCUUCUUUUCAUUUCAACUCGUAAUUUUGUUCUGCUCUUCUUCUCUUUCGUCAUCGUAGUCUUCAGUUUGUCCUCCUUUAGGAUCAUUAGGUGAAGCUACAGUGUUGAAAGUUCGUUGUGUCAACAAAUACUAUUUAUUUACGAUCGCCCAAAUAAUUUAUUUAUCCAGUGAGUAAUUUAAAUGUAUUCUAACCGCGUUUAAAUACCGGUGAUUCUCUUUUUAACAAAAUGACCACCUUAUUUUCAUCGUUAUUUGUUAACGAGAUCACAUGUUUUAGAUCUAGAAAUUGUUGCGUUGUACUCGUACGAUUACAACGAUGAAAUUCACGCGUGCUAUAUUCAAAUUUAACAACCUCCGAUAACCAAAAAAAAAAAAAAUCGAACGAUGUUUCCUUCUUUUUUCUCUUUUUUUUUCUAAUCGAGAAAUUUUGUUUUACCGCUGCGUGUGUAAGAUUUAAUCGUAUCGUCGCGUAACAUUGUAUAAAGUUAAAUGUAAGAAAAAUAUUACUUACGGUUUAAUUUUUUUGUACUUUUUCUAGUAAUUUUUUGCAUUUAUCGGUAGGAUUACAGGAAUGUAGCACAUUGAUUAACACUUCUAAUAUUUUCUUAUGUAACUUUUACAUUUCUUCUGUAUUCUUGUUUUCUUUUUUCGUUUUAUUGUUUUCCAAUCACCAACAGCACCGGGCACAUGGAUUUUUAUUUUGACUUGAUCGUCGUCGUUUGUUUUCAUAUUUUUUAGCGGUAUAUGAUUACGAAGCUUCGCUUUAUAUUCAACUUUCUCCCGUACUCUUUGUGUUUAGAUGCGUAAAUAUAUAUGUAAUAAUUUUUUUUAUAAAUAUUGUAUUUCUGUUCUUUUUUUUUUCUAUAAUAUUGUUAAUUUAUGAGAAAAAUUCUUGUAUAUAUUUUGCGGUAGAUAGAGAUACUAAAGGUGUAUUUUUCGAAAUCAAUUAGCAAACCGUCGCGUGGUUAUUUGAAAUGUUACCUUAUUUGUGUGAAAUUUUAUCGAUACCAAAAAAUCGUGAAUGAAAUUUAUCGUGACGAAAUUCUAAUGUUCGAGUUCUCAAAGAGCUUGCCAUUCGGGUAUCAACUCAUCCAACGUAUCGUAGCAAUCGUUGAUUCGUGUAAACAUUGAAAUUGUUAUUUAAAAAAAAAAAAAUUAAUCUUGUGUAGAAGUUCCAUUUGCGAGUUUUGGCCCUGUUGAAAUAUUAAGGAGAGUUGUACACGAUGAAUUCGAUUUUGCUCCAAGUAUAAGCGAAUGGUCUCAGGGUUGGAAUUAUGCUGUGGUGUAGAUCAUGGCCUUUGUAAUGUUUGUGUAGGGUUUUCAAACUGUCGAGUACCGAUUUAAUCUCAUUUAUUGGUUUCGAAAUGUCUAAUUUGAACGAAAACACUCGAAUAUUUUAAUUAUUUGUCGUUCGAAACGAGUAUGGUUUUUUUUUACGUUGCAUCAAUUUCGUUUAUACCUUGGACCAAAGGUAAAAGUACGUUAGAACAUCAUGAAACGAUCGUCUUUUCUUCUUUUUCUUUUUUUUUUGGACCAAAACAAUUCAAACAACUGGCGAACCAUUUUAUAGGAUCUGACUUGUAAUUAGGUAUUGUCUAACUUUAGUAACAGUAUUAUUAUUAUGUAUGUUUAAUGUCAUUUUACUAACCAGUUGAUACUAGUUUUAGUUGUAUAGAUGAAUUUUUUUUCUUUCUAAUAUAAAUUUCAGUAUUAAACCGUAAUUAAAUUAAUGUUGUAAUUUAUUUAGUGUAAGUUGUGUUUUCUUUUUCUGAAUUUACAAAAAUGGUACUUAAUUAGUUAUAAAUUUUUCAUUCUUUUCUUCUCCAAUACUCAUUCGUGUUGUGUUUGUUGUGUGGCUAUGUUGAAAAUACUAUGGUUCGUAUAAGUUGGGUGUUCUGAAAGGAGAAAUUUUAACGUCGGUAAAGGAAAAUUGUUACGUUAAACGCGAAUUGCAAAUUUAAUGUUAUACAGAAUUUUUUUUUGUAAGUUACGAAGUUACGUGCUUGAAUUUUGUAAAUAUAUUUUAAUACGCCAAGCUUAAUUGAUAAGUAAUGUUCCAUUUGUAAGCCAUUUUUUUUCUAAUUUAUGAAAUUUAAAUUUGAAAAAUUUUUACGUUUAUUAACAUUAUGGCUGAAUUAUUGUCUAAUCGUUGUUACAUCGGUAUGGCAUCGUCUCAAUUUUCAAAACAUGGGCUCACAAGUGAAAAAAAAAAAGAUAAUGAUUCCAAUACAUUACGAUUUAGGUACGAUUUUAUUAAUAUUUUUAUGUGGGAAAGCUAGGCGUUGGUCAAUUUGAUUUUGUUUUCUUUUUUAAAAUUCGUUUUACAUUAUUACCAUUUUUUUUUCUUUUGUUCAAUAAUCAAGCCAUUCUGGAAAUCAAUUUGAAACUUUUGUUUUGCAUUUUAUUUUUGUAUAGAAAAUUGAAGUUUUCUUGUAAUUGUUAUGUUAUGUUAAUUUUUUUUCUUUACAUCUUUAUUUUUUUCUUUUCUUUUUUUUUUUAGUUUUUAUAUUGUAUAAAUGCGUAGAUUUAAGGAUAGAAAAAGAAACAGUUCGCAUCUCUUCCAAAAAUGAUAAUAGUACAUAAUUUUUCCUCUUUUUGAUAAUAGAAAAAUCGUAUCGCGGUUUGAAAUCGGUGUACGAGAAUACGAUCGUAUUUUUUAAGUAUUUUAGACAAUCAUUUAAUUAGUGACUAUAGUUUUUUCUCUGCUUACGUUGGAAUUCGAUUUACUUACUUAACUUUCAGGAAAUUUCAGCUCUUCUUUAUUUAAUGUGAACACUGCUUGCCUUUUUCGUGAAAUUUGUAAACAGCAUUUAUUGUAUAAUUUAUUUAUUUUUUUCUAUUUCCUUUUCCUUUUUUUUUCUUUCUUUCUUUCUCUUUCUCUGUCUAUCUCUUCUUUUUUUUUUACUUAUUUAUACUUUUAAUUUUCUUUUUUUGUCGUAUAGUUAUUUACUAGUUUUCAUUAGGGUACAAAGUUAAAGAAAAGAAAUCAACAUGUGGCCUUAUCAUUAUUUUAGAUGCUGACAUUAGAUUUUAUGCGCAGUCGUUACUACAGGUAAUGUUAAGUUGACCUUUUGUACAAAUCAAUUACAUAAUUUUAAUUUU